UGUCACCACCGUAAAAUUUAUGAUACACAAGACCUUAAAGUAACUUUUGUAAAGCUGCAAGGCUGUGAUAUCCCUUAUCAUGAAUCUCAAGAUUUUAAGGAAUUAACUAAAAUUAGUAUUGGAGCUUAUGCUUCAGUUUAUACU